UUUAACUGUUGAAAUUAGUCAAAGGCAACAGCAAAUCAAUCCAGAUUAACCUGUUAAUUGUGUGGACUAUAAAUGCAAGGGUUCAUCCAGUGUGAACAGAUGACAAAAUAAUCUCCCUACAUGUUGCAAAUGCUUCACAUGAAACACUGGAAGGAUAGUUUUCUAUUUCAAGAUUACGCUGAGCAUGAAAACUCAACUCAAGCCUGCUUGCUUAGAAUGUGAUCAACAGAGCGGCGCUGAGUUGAGCAGAGGCUAAAGCAAAUUAAUCCAAGACAUUACAAACAAUGGAUACAGUGACGGAGGAUUUUGCACGUUCAGAUGUUGAUGCUGAGAUGACAGUGUUGACACCUGAAGAUAUUACUGGGCAAAACGUUGAUGCUGGUGAUGAAGUGGAGACACUUCGAAACAGUUUACGUGAGGCUGUCCAUGAUGACAAUGUCCGGCCUAAGAUGCAGUGCUUGAUGAUGGACUCCUCUUUCUCUAUGGUGACUAUGCAAGGCGAGGACAGCGGGAUCGCUUGGGAAACGACCCCAAGUCGCUGCACCACACCGUGGGCAUCUGAUGCUGGUAACCACACUGUGGAUCUCAGCUCUCAGGCUGCAGUACGGCCUGCAACACCUGGGUCUCAUCCAGCAGGAAAGAUUAUCUUUGUCAUGGAUGAGGAGCUGAUGUCAAGAAGGAAGAAAACUAAAGAGAGGGUAAGCAGUCAGAAAAACAAGGCAGUCCUGGUAGAAAGCUCUGAGAACAUCUCAGGCCGGCCAGAGCUGGUCGAAGUCUCUCAACCCAAUGUGAAAACCGAAGGAGAAGGAGACCAAAAGGAACCGGCUGAUCCUCUGGAAGAUAAAGAGCAACGGCUGUUCACAUUGGUGUCGGAGGGCUCUGAAAUCCUCAACAUUGUUGUUCCUCCUAAACUGGUCACAUUGGAUGAAGAGGUGAGCAAAGAAAUGGUGGACAAUCUGUCGUAUCUGGAAGAAAGUCCUGUUGCUAAAGCCAGUGAUCACACCCAUGACAAUGACCUGACAAUCUCAUUGGAAUCAGAUGUGGCACCAGGCGGCCCGGCCAAGCUUUCACCUCCUGCAGGUUCCAAGGAUCCACCGGGAGCUCCAGUGCCCAGACCUCCAGGUAGAGCAGCUGCUGGAAAUGUGGACUACUUUGAGGCAUUUAAUCUGAUUGAUGCACAGGCUCCAGGGGGUCCUGCUGUGAUUGCACAGGGACAAGAGGAACCAGAUGCUGAGGCAGUCGCUGAGAGCCAAGACACUGACAAACCUGUUCAGUCUAAAGGCAGGACUCUCACUGCAAGUGUGGAUACUGACAAGUCAGACAAUAUCAGUCUAGGGGAAAUCACCAGUGAGCUUCUAGAUGAAGUCUUCUACGGUGGUACAGAAGACUACCUGAAAAAUCUAGACUCAGUCGACAGAGGAGGAGCCACUAGAGGUGCACCAUCCAGGCUUCCUUCAAAACCAAGUGGUUCAAAAUUGUUUGGAAGCCAAGAGGACAUCCUGACUCCAAUCUUCCUACCCGAAGGACCCCCGAAAAUUAUUGACCCCAUUUUGCUGGAGGACCCCAAAGCCAUGGCCUUCCUUUACACGGACCUGUAUGAGGAAGCAACUGGUAGCCGGAAAAAAGAAGAGGACACAGAAAGUAUGACCUCUGAGAAGUCCUUCCACAGCAGGCAUUCAGACCGUGAGGCUAGAGGAUAUUUAGAGAAAUACGUUCUAAUCGAUGAGACUCCAGUGGUGGAGACGGAACCAACCAAUAAAGAAAAGUGCCCCCAGGAAGGACCACGGAUAUUGACCCAAGACUUGUAUGAAUUUGGAGAUUUUUUAACCAAAUCUGAAAAAGGUGAGAUUUCACAUUCUGAGGAGGAAGUUACAGACUUCUUCAGGUCGAGUGCCAAUUCUUCUCCAUGCGAUAUAGAGCCUUUCCCUCGAUCGCUAGAAGAAGAUGACACACAAACAGUAACAAAAUGGAAAGCCAAAACAGAGAAAAGCGUGUCUAUAAAAGUAGAAAAAAUUGCAGAAAAAUCUGUAGAUCCACUUAGCAUCUCAAGCUUUGACUUCCCCUCUGAGGAAACAGAGUGGGGAAGUGAGGAUGAUCAUCCUACCACCCUGGAUGAGAAAAAUGUCACUGUGCAUACAGGUCAGGACUUGUGGAAACAAGAAUCAGACACAAAUCAUCCAGUUGCUCCACCAAGGAAAAAGGCAUCCUCUCCUAAGUCAUGUCUGGAUCUAACACCUCUGACUCCAGUUGACGUGAUUACACAAGAGAAGGAAGAAGAGGCAGGAGGGAAAGAGCAAAGAGAGGAGGAGAAGGAGACGGCAUCACCAGCAGAGACUGCAGACGAGGGCGACGGAGAGGCAGAGGAAACGAUGGAGGCGUCCGCUGAUAUUACUCCAUUUGAGAAUGCUGUGGUAAAAGCUGGGCCUUCAGAAGCUCAAAGUGUACAAGACAGCGAGGAAAUAGCUGUCAGAGACACAAAACCAGCUGAAGAGAGAGACAUCAAAGCAGAAGACGAGGAAAGAAGUGAGACUGAAACAGAUACAAAACAAACCGAAGUAGAGGAGAUCAAUGUUAAGUCAUCAGAAUUAAAUGAAACAGAGAUUAAUGCAGAGAAGCAAGGAGAUACAACUGCCGCAUCAACUGAACCAGCUAAACACAAUAGACAGUGUAUUAUACUUUAGCAUAGUUACAGUAUUAUUAGUAGUAUAACAUUAUUUGGUCUUAAAAUAACAGUGAAAGUAUCCUACAUUGUAAACCUAAAUAUGUCCCUCCCAAAUCUAUAUAGCUCAUAUAAAAUGAAGGCUAGAAUGCACUGGAAAGGAUUUAAUUAUGGAAAAUUAUCCUCCAGUUGCCAUUUUUUUUCUUUUGUACAUUUUUUACAUUCACUUGAGAUAAAUUCCUAAAGCUCCAUAUAUACAUUUGUGUAUCUGUUGUUUUUAUAAUUUUAGCAAUACUCUGCGUUAAUUUUAAAAAUCUCCUUUUUAAUUUAAAACAGUCGCGAUGACAGUAAUCAGAAAGUUUUCCAGGCCUCUUUGGCGAUAGUGCAUGAAUCCAAGUGUGUUUGAAGGAAGAACUUUGGGUCAUGAGUGCAAAUAAAAACGGUGCGAGUGCAUGUGGUGGUGGUGUGUGUGUGACUGUGGGGUGCAUCUUCAGCUAUAAAUAAGGCUGUUAACCUGACACCUCAUCUCAGCUAAGAGUCUGUGUGCUGUGCAUCCACUUGUAAACAGAAAAAUAAUAUAAUACGUGCCCACAUGCGGAUUCAUCUGAUUUUAAACAAAAUUAUACCCUGUAAUUCUAUGUUUAAUCAUUAAUGUGUAUAACUAUGUAUACUUAACAUAUAAGAUAAUAAUAUAAUACACUUUUUUGUGUGUCUGAUGCAUCUGAUUGCAACAAUAAAAAUUACAUCUAUCACUUCUC